CACAUUCCCCAGUUGCCAGGAACGAACUGAAGAAGGAAGCGCAGUGCGAAGAUGGAGGCAUGCAAAUCUCGCGCCUUUUCUUCCCCAUUCAUCUAACUUCUGCUCAGCGUUAUAAUGACACAAACUUCCAUUUCUUUCCCCUUUCGGAAUUUGCAGGGAACCGCCAUUUCUAGAGCCUUCAAGCUUCUCCUGUUCUUCAUUGCCGCUUCUCUUUUCCGCCACUCGUCUUCCCUAACAAUCGGAGAAACGUGUUCAACUUCAAGCAAUAACUGCGAUGCCGGCUUGCUCUGUUCCACGUGUCCGGCGAACGGAAAUACGCGGCCCCGAUGCACUCGUCAUCAGCCCACCAUUCCCACCACUAAGAUCAAAGGAUUGCCGUUCAACAAAUACUCAUGGCUCACCACCCACAACUCAUUUGCUAUUUCCGGGUCCAAAUCCGCCACCGGCUCUGAUAUUUUUGCUCCUACCAAUCAAGAAGAUUCCAUCACUGCUCAGCUUAAGAAUGGCGUUCGAGGGCUCAUGCUUGAUAUGUACGACUUCAACAAUGAUAUCUGGUUGUGUCACUCGUUUGGUGGGAAGUGUUUUAAUCUUACAGCAUUUCAACCGGCAAUUAAUGCAUUGAAAGAGAUUCAAGUAUUUCUUGAAGCAAACCCAUCUGAAAUUGUCACCAUUUUCAUUGAGGACUAUGUUGCAUCUCCCCAAGGAUUAACAAAGGUUUUCAAAGCAUCUGGCCUUAAUAAGUACUGGUUUCCAGUUUCUCGAAUGCCAAAAAAUGGUGAAGAUUGGCCUAUAGUGGAUGAUAUGAUCAAGCAGAAUCAGCGUCUGGUGGUCUUUACCUCUAAAAAAUCUAAAGAAGCUUCUGAGGGGAUUGCUUACGAAUGGAGAUACGUAGUAGAAAACCAGUAUGGAAAUGGUGGUUUAAAAUCCGGUUCCUGUCCAAGCCGUUCAGAAUCUUCUCCGAUGAAUACAAAAACAAUCUCGUUGGUUCUCCAGAACUACUUUCCAGACAAUCCCAACAUGACAGUUGCAUGUGCAGAUAAUUCUGCUCCGUUGCUUAGUAUGACAAAUACUUGCUACGAAGCAUCUGGCAAGCGUUGGCCAAAUUUCAUUGCAGUUGACUUUUACCAGAGGAAUGAUGGUGGUGGAGCAUCGGAAGCUGUGGAUCGCGCCAAUGGCCAUUUGACUUGUAAUUGUGACAGCAUUGCCUAUUGCAAGAUAAAUGGUUCAUCUACCAAAUGUGAAGUACCUAAGCUAUCACCUCCACCACCGGCACAAUUGACACCUACAACAGUAAAAGAAACAUCCAAAGACACUAGCAGCUAUUCUAAGAUAAGCAGACCACUCCAUCUUCAUUGGUUGGUUGGUUUAAUUAUUACCAUGUUUUUUUGAACCCAUUUUUCGUGUUCACUUGUAGAGGUUUGCCAAUUGCCAUUCUCCGAGACACUACGAUGUAUAAUGUUAUUCUUUGUAUUAUUGUGCAUAGUACUAUGAAAGCAUCGUUUGUGACAUGAUACAACUUCCCACGGUCAAUUGUCCUGUUUACUCUGUUGUGCUGAACAACGAAAUAUGCAUUUUCUGGGCA